CUGUUGCAGGCCAGGAACUCUCCAUGACUUUCAUAGCCAUGAAAUUGCCGAACAACUUACUCUCCUGAAUGCAGAACUUUUCUACAAGAUUGAGAUCCCCGAGGUUUUGCUGUGGGCAAAAGAGCAAAACGAGAAGAGCCCGAAUCUGACACAGUUCACAGAGCACUUUAACAACAUGUCCUACUGGGUCCAAUCUAUCAUCAUGCUUCAGGAGAAGGCACAGGACCGGGAGAGGUUGCUGCUUAAAUUCAUCAAAAUUAUGAAGCACCUGAGAAAACUGAACAAUUUUAAUUCCUACCUUGCCAUCCUCUCUGCCCUGGAUUCCGCCCCCAUCCGUCGGCUGGAGUGGCAGAAGCAGACAUCAGAGGGGCUUGCUGAAUACUGCACUCUGAUUGACAGCUCGUCGUCUUUCCGGGCCUACGGUGCAGCGCUCUCUGAAGUUGAGCCGCCGUGUAUACCAUACUUGGGUCUAAUCUUACAAGACCUUACGUUUGUGCACCUGGGAAAUCCAGACCACAUUGAUGGGAAAGUGAACUUCUCUAAACGGUGGCAACAGUUCAAUAUCCUGGACAGCAUGAGACGUUUCCAGCAAGCUCAUUAUGAAAUUCGCCGGAAUGAUGACAUCAUCUCUUUCUUCAAUGACUUCAGUGAUCACCUGGCCGAGGAGGCGUUAUGGGAACUGUCCUUGAAAAUCAAACCUCGGAAUAUCACCCGGAGGAAAACAGAAAGAGAUGAGAAAACAUAAGUUGGGGGAAUGACUGCCAAGUGGACAUUGAAGAAGAGAUCUCCCUGACUGAGGGGGGGAAUCAAGGGGUAGAUGGAGAUAUUCAUCGUGUUUACUAGUUGUCGCUGUCCCCUCCCAAAGAGUUGGGUUACCCCGCCCACUGUCGUCUUGUGUCUUACGUUGUUAUUUUAUGGUCUCCUGGACUGUUGCGAUCACACACCGUUCCGUGCCAUGUCUCUGUACAGACCUGUCUCCUAUUUCCCACAAAAUUGGAAAGUCGGACAUAUUGGAUUUUGUGCUGUGGUUUAGGCGACUAGUGCAGACCUUCCCCAUUCAUGAACCGAGGACUAACUGUGUCAACAAGCUGGUAAAGACUGUAUGCUGAGCCCAGAUCCUUAAAGUUAUCGUUUAGGGUUGUUGUUUUUUUUCCCCCAUAACCCACAGGUUUGUUUUUUACUUUGGUUUUGUUUCUCCUCCACCCCCAGCAGAGGGCAGCGCAUAGCUCCUGUUAAUAUCCACAUUCUGUUUCAGAGGGAGGCAGAAGUAAUGUUAUAUGUAUUAUUUAUUAUAUAUUUUUUCUUUUAUGCUGUUGCAUGAUAAGUAUACAGAGACUGAUUGUGUAAUCAGUGGCGGAUCUUGCCACGGGCAAGCAGGACUUUUGCCCGGGGCGCCGCCAUCCGGAGGGCGCCGCACCGUGGCAAGAUCCGCCACUGCUGCCCGCUGUGUCCCUGUCCGC